AUGUAUUCGUAUAUAAUUCGUUCAUUUUCGAGAAUGAGGUGGAAUUCAUUUUUCGCAACCCGCCCAAAAGAGUUGGUUCCGGAGUUUACAUACUUGGGGUAUAUCGUAAAAUUAGACGUCUUCUGUAAUAAUGGACGGUUAUAUACACGCUGGUCAAGUCCUUCCAGCCCAAACUAUUCUACAGCCGUUGCAACAGCCUUUGAUAAUGGAUGCAAACGGUGCUGCUCAACCAACUACAUUCGCCGUCCAGGCCAGUGA